AUGCCUACUCUAUUGACGUUGGCACUCGCCACACUACCUCUAGGUCGUCUUGCAUUGGGCGACCAAUCUCCUUACACAGGCUCUGAGUUCCAGACCCAGGCCUAUGGUCUCUACCCUACACAGUCCUUCGAGUCUUCGAGCCUUGAAGUGCCUGUCUUCCAGGUCAACAAGGCUGCAGNNGGAGACAAUGUCGACGACGCCGACCGUGUUUUCAUCUCCCCCAGAGGUACUGCAGUAGAGCAGAUUGCUCCUAUGAUCUUUAACUCUGAUGAUCUAUCCCUUGUGUGGAGUGACCCCAGCUACAAGACUACGUUUGGUGUCAGAGUACAAGAAUACAACAACUCUGACUACAUCACCUUCUGGCGUGGAGCUAUCAAGAAAUCUGGUUAUGGAAGUGGUAGCUACAUCAUGCUUGACCACAACUACAACGUUGCCUACAACCUUACCACAAGAAACCUAACCGUCGGUGGAGAUAUCCAUGAGAUCGAACUGACGGAUAACGGUACUGCACUCAUGACUGCUUACGAACCGAUGCAAUACGAUCUCACGGCUUAUGAUAUCGAGAACGGAUGGCUUGCGGACUCUCUGUUCGAAGAGGUUGACAUCGCCACUAACGACCUGAUCUUCAGUUGGAGAGCAUCCGAGCACGUAGCGCUCAACGAAUCUNUUGCCGAUCCUGGUGCCACUGGUACCUCCCAAGACAGUCCUUGGGACUUCUUCCACAUCAACUCGAUCGAGAAAGACGACUCUGGCAACUACCUCGUCUCUGCAAGACAUACACACAGUCUCUACUACAUCAAUGGAACCAAUGGCGAUGUCAUCUGGACUUUGGGAGGCAAGAACAACGACUUUGAGGACAGGAGCGAUGGCAAUGCCACGAAUUUUAGCUGGCAACAUGAUGCACGCUGGCGCAACAGUGACUUGACUGAGAUGACUCUCUUUGACAACGGCGCUGCCGACUGGGUCACAACUGAGGAACAGACACGCGGUCUCUGGCUGACCCUCGAUUACGAUGACAUGUCUGUCUCUCUCAAGCAAGACUACAUUAGUCCCGAAGGCAUCUCGUCCAUAUCGCAAGGAAGCGUGCAAUUGCUCUCCAGCGGUAACAUAUUCAUGGGCUAUGGCAGCAACGGCGCCUUCAUCGAGUACACGAACGAUGGUGAGCCCAUUUGGGACGUUCAGUUCGGAAUUAUCGGCAACUCAAGCGUGCAGAGCUAUCGCGCCUACAAGCAAAACUGGCAAGGCUUCCCUGGCUGGAACCCUAGCAUUGCUGCUACAGGAAAUGGUACCGACAACACUACUGUUUACAUGUCUUGGAACGGCGCCACUGAGAUCAAGCAAUGGGCCAUCCUUGCUUCGAACUCGUCUUCUUCUCUCGCUACUGCAGACGAGCUGUGGAAGAACGUCACAAAGACUGGCUUUGAGACAAAUAUCACUGUAGGCACCAAUGCACGCUACAUUCGUGUUGCGGCUUUGAACGCCGAUGGCGAAGUCCUAGGUGCCACUGAUAUUGUCGAUGUCAAUGAUGGUACUCUUGCUGCUGCAGAUGCCAAGGUCGAUAUCGGUACUGGCGAUGCAAACACUACUGUCACCAGCUCGUCUUCUGACUCGGACUCUGCUUCUGGGUCCAGCAGCAAUGAUACCACGUCAAAGUCGGGCAAGGACAGCGCUGCUAGCUUCACCAAUGCUUCUUCAUCGCUUGCUCUGGGAGUGGCGAUGGUUGUUAUGUUUACCUUCGGAUUGUAA